UCUACAGGUUCCAGCUUCAGCAGCAGCACUGCUGGUGCUUGAAGACGAAGCAGAGCUACUGUUGAUUGAUUCUUCAGGUCAAUUCCUGCUAGGUUUAUGCUAUAAAUACACACGUCAAACUGACCCCCCUAGGCAAGUUCGCGGACAUACGCCGCUAGCCCGUUCCUAGACACCUCCCGCCGAUGUACUCCUGCAACGACCGAGACCCGCAUCUCAUGGAGUCCAGCGCCAGGUACCAGCCAUGCAACACGGCGGCGACCCGGACGGCCGCCGGCCGAGUCCCGGCGGACGCGCAGCGGCAGCAGCCGACGCGGCGCGCCAGGAGGAAGCACUCGGCGUCGGCGUCGCGCCGGUCGUCCACCACCGUGGUGGCCACCGACGUGUCCAACUUCCGCGCCAUGGUGCAGGAGCUCACCGGCUUCCCGGCGGCAGCCAUCUUCCGCCCGCUGCCGCGCCGGGCCCACGCCGCCAGCCAAUCGCUGGCCGCCGUCGCGCAUGGCUGCGGCGGCGCACCGCAGGGCCACCGUUCGGACACGGCGACCACCGCCGGCAACGUCCCGGCCGUGGUGCAGCCGCCGGCGCACCCGCCGCAGUGCGCACCGCCGGGCGUGUUUGACGGGCUGCCGGACCUCGGGUCCCCGGAGUUCGACGCGUGGCCUGACUUGUCCUUUGAAUAGUAAAUACAGCACAAGAGUGUACUCACUGGUCGCUUGAUUGUUAAUGUAAAAUCAAGGGUGACUUGGUAAUUUCCUCCUGCUCAUGUUUAUGUUUGCGUUUGGCAAGUCCUUUAAAAAAAAUAGAAGGACGUCAUUUGUACAGCACAAAUUUAUGGUUAAACUAGUUUCGA